UGAGUGGACUUUGAUUUGACCUACCGUUCAGGAGUACACAGUAACGCCUCUCUGUACAAGUCAUAAAAAAGACACUGGUAAAUAUAUAAAUACAGAACUUCACAUCCAUCUCUCUUCUCUGGGCCCUGGAUUAUCACCUGAACUACCCGGACCAAUAAACACAUCAAAGGACACAACACUAAGAAAUGGUCGGACUCAAACCCUCAGAUGUCCCCCCUCCUCUGGGGGUCAAGAUGGCCAGUGCUGGGGCAGCUGCCUGUAUAGCUGAUUUAGUCACUUUUCCUCUGGACACAGCCAAAGUGCGGCUCCAGAUCCAGGGAGAGAAGACAGCGGUGCAGAAUAUCAGAUACAGAGGGGUGUUUGGGACCAUUGCCACCAUGGUGCGCACAGAGGGGCCCCGCUCCCUCUACAACGGGCUGGUGGCAGGACUACAGAGGCAGGUGUGCUUUGCCUCGGUCAGGAUAGGCCUCUAUGACAAUGUUAGAGAUUUUUACACAGGAGGAAAAGACAAUCCUGGAGUGCUGGUGCGGAUCUUGGCUGGCUGUACCACAGGAGCCAUGGCAGUGUCAUUCGCUCAGCCCACAGAUGUGGUGAAGGUGCGAUUCCAGGCACAGAUGAACUUGGAUGGCGUGGCUCGACGGUACAACGGCACCAUGCAGGCUUAUAGGCACAUCUUCCAGAACGAGGGUUUGAGAGGACUCUGGAAAGGCACACUUCCAAAUAUCACCAGAAAUGCACUGGUUAACUGCACAGAGCUGGUGACCUAUGAUCUGAUCAAAGAGGCUAUCCUGAGACAUAAGCUCAUGUCAGAUAAUCUGCCAUGUCACUUCGUCUCAGCUUUUGGGGCAGGUUUUGUUACCACGGUGAUAGCUUCCCCUGUGGAUGUUGUCAAAACCAGAUACAUGAACUCACCACCUGGACAAUACAAAAGUGCCAUUAACUGUGCUUGGGUCAUGCUGACCAAAGAGGGGCCCACAGCAUUCUACAAAGGGUUUGUGCCAUCAUUUCUCAGACUGGGCUCAUGGAACAUUGUGAUGUUUGUGUCAUUUGAACAAAUCAAGAGACUCAUGAUGGUCACUAAGAAAAAGAUAGAGACCACCAGCUAAACUCUGUUCUAUAAAGUGACUGAAAUUACCUCUGAGGUUAGCAACCCUCAGUCUGAAAGUCUUAUAUAAGCAGUAUUCCUGUCCUGUGGCAGCACAAGUCCUUUGUUUAAAAAGGGAAGACAGACCUCUUACUAUUAUGUAACUAAGGAGUUAACAAAUGAAAACUUUAUAUUUAUCAAUUUACAUGAACAUGUAAGCGCAUUUAGGCUGCAGUUUUAGGCAGUCAAAAAUAAUGCACCAAAUAGAUAUUAAAUGAUACCGGUCUUAGACAUAUUAAAUAUAAUGU